AUGUUCACUGCUUUAGUGAGCAGUACGGGGCUCUCGCUUGCGCUUGGACGCCGAGGUUUCCCCCGCACCCCGAAAGGCACCUGGACGCCAGCAAUAGUGAGGCACCUCGCGGCCGGAAGCCGAGCAGGUAAGCCGUCGCAACGCUUCGGGCAAGGGCGUCAUUGGGCCAACUUCGCGCGCAUGCAUCGUAAAAACAACCACGACUACGUGGAACUUCCCCAAGAGGAAAUGGAUAACUUGAAAAUCCAACCGGAGACGCAUUCGCAGAGAGUAGCUCGUGUGCAUGUGCCAGUGCUUGCAGAUGCUGUGCGACAAGCCUUCGCAGGGCGCUCUAUGACCCACUUUGUUGACGGCACGCUCGGUGCGGGCGGGCAUGCCACGAUGAUCAUCGCUGACCAUCCCGAACUGGAGCAUUUUAUCGGCAUCGAUCGAGAUCGAUCUGCCCUUGAGCUGGCAUCGAAACACUUGGAAGAACAGUUUGCGGGGCGACAUGCCCCCCAGAUGCAUUUUCUGCACGGGAAUUUUCGCGAUAUUAUGGCACUCUGCCAAGCCAGAUCCAUUAACGCGGUGGAUGGCAUUCUCCUGGAUUUGGGAGUGUCUUCGAUGCAGCUGGACCACCCUGAAAGAGGGUUCAGUUUCGGCGGAAGCGCUCGCGCUCGAAGCGAUUUCAGCCAGGGAAAGCGUACAGACGCGCCUUGGGAUGCGCCUCUCGACAUGCGCAUGGAUCAGCACGCUACAGGCGCACUCACUGCUCAGGAUAUCGUGAACACCUGGAGCGAAUCCGAGUUGUAUCGCAUAUUGCGAGCGUACGGCGAGGAGCCUCGUGCACGCCAAAUCGCCCGAGGCAUCGUGGAGGCGCGACGGCGGGCGCCCAUCGAGACCACAGGGCAACUCGCCACCAUCGUACUCGAGGCCAAGGGCAUCCGCCGUCGAACACAUGCACAACACCAAGACGCCUUGACGGGAUCGAGCGAGCAACCAGCCAUAGGGACGGCGGCUUCCAAGCGACGGCUUCCAGUGAUGGAGCAGGUCGGCGUUUGGCACCCCGGAAGACGACGGCACCAGCACGGCGGAACGCUGCAUCCGGCGACGCUCACGUUCCAGGCGUUACGCAUUGCUGUGAACGACGAGCUUGGAUGCCUCGAGCAGGGCCUCCAAGCAUGCAUUCGACUGCUGCGUCCGGGUGGACGCUUGGCUGUCAUCUCGUUCCAUCGACUCGAGGAUCGCAUCGUCAAGUGGACUUUUCGGGCAUUUGCUGAAGGGCAACGCACGCCAGCGAGCGGAUGCGCUGCGAUACCCGCCGUCUCCCGGCGGGCGUCAGGAGCGCACGAGGCACGCCCUGCGACACGCAUCAGCGAUGAGGACACGUCAUCGGAUGAUGCGUGCACGGAGGGCGCACGCAUCGCGCAACUCUGCUCAGUGGAGGUGCCGCGGCAACCGGCGAACGAUUCAGCAUAUGCUGAGCAGCUCGAGGAUCACGAAUGCUGGCGCAUCAUCACGAAGAAGCCCAUUGUGCCGAGCCCCGAAGAGGUGAACCAGAAUCCGCGAAGUCGCUCGGCAAAAUUGCGGAUCAUCGAGAACGUUGCAGGUACGUGUGGUUGA